CUUUGAACGAGUAAAAUCUGAAAAACUCACAUUUUCGUUGAUUUUGACUAAUUUUGAUAAAUUUGCUGCUCUCAGUGAAAGUACAUUGUGAAAAUAGUUCAGAAAGAUGGAUGAUGAACAAGAAAAGGGCUACAAGUGGGAGACAGAAUAUGAACGUACAUGGGAAGCAAUACAAGAAAAUGAUGCGGGGUCUUUGCAAACAUCAGUUAAUGACAUCAUACAUCGUGCAAAGAAACGGCGUCUACAGGAAGCACAAUCUAAUGCCAAACUGGGAAUGAUGCGUCACUUGUACAUCAUCAUUGAUAUGUCUGAAGCUAUGUCAAUACCUGAUUUAAAGCCAACUAGACUUGCAUCUUCCUUGAAGUUAUUGGAGUACUUUGUGGAAGAAUAUUUUGACCAAAACCCUAUAAGCCAACUUGGUAUCUUAGUAACCAGGAAUAAACGCUGUGAUAAACUAACAGAACUUGGAGGUAACCCUAAGAAACAUAUUGCCAAAUUACAGGAACAAGCCAAACAGGAAUGUAAGGGUGAAGCAUCACUUCAGAAUUGUCUCAAGGUGGCAGCACAAACACUUCAACACAUGCCGAGUCAUACGAGUCGUGAGGUUUUGAUCAUAUAUGGAGCACUGAGUACAUGUGACCCAAGUGGAAUACAUGCCACAAUUAAGCAUAUAAAAGAACUCAACAUCCGAUGUUCUGUCAUAGGACUAUCUGCCGAACUCAGGAUAUGUAAAACUAUAUGCCAAGAAACAAAUGGACAAUACAAUGUAAUACUUGACGAAAGCCAUUUUAAAGAUCUGUUACAUCAAUUCGUCACACCGCCACCAGCUACUGUGAAGACUGAUUCAUCACUGAUCCGUAUGGGUUUUCCUUCUCACCAGGGCUCAGGAAGUGAAGGUGGUGUAACCAAGCCUUCUAUGUGCAUGUGCCACUUGGACAGUAAAUCAAAAGAAGGCUUCAGUGUAGAAGGGUAUUUCUGCCCAAAUUGUAAAAGCAAAUAUUGUGAACUACCAGUAGAGUGUAAAGCAUGUGGUUUGAUUUUGGUAUCUGCCCCACAUAUAGCUAGGUCAUACCAUCAUCUCUUCCCCUUGGAUGCUUACACAGAGAUUCCAAUACAGCAACUACCUCCAGAACAAAGAAUUUGCAGUGCCUGUUGUGUUGCCAUCAAAGAUCAAACUAUACAGCAGUGUCAAAGCUGUAAGCAUCUUUACUGUACUGACUGUGAUAUACUCAUACAUGAGACCCUCCACACCUGUCCCGGCUGUGCUGGAACCACCAGUUCUACAACUACUCGCCCUACAAAUGGACAUGAUGCAUCUGUUUCCUGACACCAGCUUGUGUGUAUAUUUCCAGAAAGUUUGUGCAGGAUUCUCCACCUUAUAGUUUCAAGUUGCAAGAGGAAAUCAGGGCUUGUGUAUGAGAAGUUGGACUAAGUUCAAAGUUGGAACAAAUUUAUUUUGGAAUUGUCUCAUUGAAGUUUUAAUAGACCACAUUUUAUCAGAUUGCUUGAAUUCUAGGGAUUUGUCACAACUAAAUGGGUGUAACUUUAAGUUGUGCCAUUUAUAAAGUUCAUCUCUUCUGUUGUCUAUCUUUAUAAUAAGAUAAGGGACUUCUAGUGUUAAUGCGGACAUAUGGCUCAUAGUAGAUGUUAGUGUGUCAUGAUUGUCACUACUGUUAUGUCACUACUGAGGUAUAUCACCGCUGGAGUGUCACUACUAAUAUGUCACUACUGGUAGGCCACUGCUGAGGUAAAUCAAUGUUAAGGUAUGUCAUAACUGGAAUGUCACUACUGAAGUAUGUCACUACUUCUGGUAUGUCACUAUUGGUGUGUCACUGCUGAGAUAUAUUACUACUGAGGUAUGUCCCUACUGACAUGUCACUACUGUUGAGUUACUGCUGAGAUAUGUCACAACUGGAAUGUCACUACAGAAGUAUGUCACUACCACUGUUGGUCUGGCACUGCUGAGGUUUAGCAAUGUUGAGGUUACUUCUUCAAUUUGGGUUAAUACUAAUAUGAAUAUUAUUUCCAUCAUGUGAAAUGCGGGUAACAUCAAA